AUAAUCAUAGCCACCCACCCACCCACCCAACUUCCCUUCUUAAGACCCCCUUUUGCACCCUCAUUUCCUCUCAAACCACCCCCUCUCCUCCAUUUUUCCCUUUCGUUCUCUAACAUUUCAUAAUAAAGGAAAGCCUACCUAAUUCCACUGGUUUUGAUAAGCUUAAUGGGUCUUGAUGAUGAUGCAUGUAAUACAGGCCUUGUUCUGGGGUUGGGAUUCUCAUCUGCCCUGGAAACUCCAUCCAAGAAGCCAUCAUGUCUUAAGUUUGAACAACCAGCCACGACGGUGGCACCUCCAACAACUUUUGAACCGUCGUUGACCCUGGGUCUAUUUGGUGAUCAGGGUUACCAAGUGACCAAGAAGUCGGAUGUCAAUAAAAGUGGUUAUCUUCAUCACCAUGAGGAACCUGGCGCCGGUGAUUUAUAUCGUCGUCAAGCUUCUCCUCAUAGUGCUGUUUCUUCGUUUUCUAGUGGUAGAGUCAAGAGAGAAAGAGAGGUUAGCAGCGAGGAAUUAGAGGUAGAGAAGAAUUCGUCUAGAGUUAGUGAUGAAGACGAAGACGGUGUUAAUGCAAGGAAGAAACUCAGGCUCACCAAAGAACAAUCUGCUCUUCUCGAGGAAAGCUUCAAACAGCAUAGCACUCUCAAUCCUAAGCAAAAGCAAGCUUUAGCAAAGCAAUUAAACCUGACACCAAGACAAGUUGAAGUAUGGUUCCAGAACAGGAGAGCAAGGACAAAGCUUAAGCAAACUGAGGUGGAUUGUGAGUUCUUGAAGAAGUGUUGUGAGACACUGACAGAUGAGAACAGGAGACUGCAAAAGGAACUACAAGAACUCAAGGCACUGAAACUGGCGGCUCAACCUUUUUACAUGCACAUGCCGGCGGCCACUCUCACCAUGUGCCCAUCUUGCGAAAGAAUUGGCGGCGUUGCCGAUGGCAAUUCAAAGAGCCCAUUCUCAGUGGCUUCAAAGCCUCAUUUCUAUAAUCCCUACUCCAAUCCUUCUGCUGCGUGUUGAUUAAGUUCGUUAGACCUUAGUAUAGAAAAAGAAAAGGAAAGACUCCCCACAACCCAUUUUUUGGUUAAAGGGCUUGUAGUGAAUUAAAAUUAAGGUAAUUAAUUAAUUUGUAGAAAAAACAAUAGUAUAAUUACUGAUCAAUCUUCUCAUCUUUCUAAAGAUAUAUGUUUGUAAAUGAUCAUUAGAAAAAUAUAGUAUCUAUGAAGGAUUACUCUUGGUAUAUUUAUUAUUUUGAUUCUUUUGUUUCAUGUUUAAUGAUAGAUUUCUUAUUUUUCAUCAA